AAUUCGUCUCCAAUUCCAAAUUUAGUUAAGAAAAAGCAACCGAAAGCAUAAGACGUGUGUAGUUUAUUUUCGAUACAAAUAAAAUCGCGGGCGCGUAUUCCCACAAAACAAAAUUUAUUUCGAAAUAAAAAAAAACACAAUAAACCGCGAUCAAAAGUUUUUUGAUUGCGAUUGAAGAAAAAAUAAUAAAUGUGCCAAAAUGUUUGUUAAACUAACAAAUACGUGCCAGUAAAAAUUUAAUUGUAUACACAAAAAAGUGAGUGAAAACAAAAUAUUUUAAAUAUAAUUCAAAUGGUUUAAGAUAAAUAUUUGAAAAAAAUCAACGACUAAAGGAAUUUCAACAAAAGUUUGGAUAAGGAGACCAUCAAAGAGCAUAAAACAUCUGAAGGGAAUUUUCAAUAUCCUUAAAGCUCUUUGAGGAUUUUCGGAUUAAUUUCGAUUUAAUUUUUUUGACAAGUUUGAGCUCAACAAUCCUAUGAUGAAGGGUUGGUUCGACGCAUUUCGAGACGAUGGUGGACCCACCUUAUAUUCAUUUUCAAAUCGGACGCCGGUCACUGGAGAUGUAUCAAUUGUCGCUGUAUCAGUUUUAUUUGCAACAUUUUACGUUGCUUUCCUAGUUAUAUUUCCAGGUGUAAGAAAACAGAAAUUCACAACAUUUUCGACCGUGACAUUAAGUUUAUUUGUCGGACUAGUCAUACUAAUAACAAGGCUCGGCUCAGCAUGGCAUGUAGCGAACACAACAAUCAUUGCACCAUAUAAGGCAUUUUCGCGGGAAAAACUGCCAGCACGAAUCGGGACGCAUAUAGGAUUAAUGCAUGUUAAUGUCACACUGGCAGCCAUUCCAGUUGGCAACUGGACCCCACCAGACAUUGACUACAAUGAGCGCUUCACCUGGGAGGGUGCCACCGACAUGAGCACCAACUACCGUGAUGCCCUGCAACGCGGCUUGCCAUAUCCAAUACUGACAGUAGCUGAAUAUUUCAGCUUAGGCCGAGAGGGAUUCUCUUGGGGUGGAGAGUAUCGCGCUGCAGGAUACUUCGCCAGCAUUCUGCUGUGGACCUCAUUAGCUUCGUGGCUGCUGAUGAAUUUGCUCCUCAUUGCUGUUCCUCGGUAUGGAGCUUAUAUGAAGGCGUUGACAGGCCUCCUGCUAGUCAUCACAAAUAUUGGUUACUAUUGUCUGUUGCCCGAUAGACCAUUGACAAUCUACCUCGAAGGAGGGAAGCUUGAGUUCCAUCUGGGAUGGUGUUAUUGGCUAUUGUUAGUUGCAGGCAUUCUCUGCUUUGUGGCUGGGGUGCUCAUCUCAAUUAUAGAUCUGGUGUGGCCACACACUUUUUCAACAGUCUUAGAAGUCUAUUACGGCACGCCUUAUGAUAGGCAUGUCAUUCUGGAGGAAUCCAGUGAUGUUCGUUUUAGAAAACGCACCAGCAAUAGAGGCCUCGAAGAUCCCCCAGGCUUGGGAUCUCGAAUUUUACGAAGACUUUCGUCGAAAGCACGAGAUUCUACGACGGGUUUUUCAAACACCGCAGGAGUUUCAAGUGGAGUUGAGAACAAGGGUUUCCAGGGAGAUGCACCAAAGAGCCCAUGGCGAUAUCCUUUCCGAAGGGCGCAACAGCUACCACCCCAUCCGAUGAGUAUGCAACGUACCAUGUCACAAGACUCUGGGUCGAGCAUAGCUUCGGCAACGGUACAGAUCUCACCCAUGCACAAACAGGCUUUAUCAAGAAUGUUACCUAAAAUCCCACAUGAACGACCAAGAGACAUUGAUCAUUGGUGAUAAAUCAAAAAAAUAUUCAUUUUAUUUUUCAUUUUUGACAAAAAUAAUGAAAAACUGUUUGGAUUUUUUUCUCCAAAUAUUAAUAAGAAAUCAAUUAAUUAAGUGUGACCAGAGUGAGAUAUUUUCAAACAGUUUUUUAAUUUUUUAAUUGUUUUUAAUAUAAGAAAAAACAAAACAAAAUCACAUACCUGACAAACAAAUUACGAACAAACAAAAAAAUAUUAUUUCUUAAGUAAAUUAUUUUAUUAUUUUUAAAAAUUCGACUAAAAAUUAUUAAAAAAUUAGAUACUUUAAUUUGACAAAACAAACAAAAACAAAACUCAACGAAACUCUCCAUACUAGUAUUAGGGUAUAUUAAACAAAAAUUAUGAUUAUAAUUAUUACUUAUAUUUUAUUUGUGUGUAAACUAAGUGAUGAUGUUGUGAUAAUGCUUACAAUUAAAAUACAUAUUUACGUAAAAAUACUAAAAUAAUAAAUAAGUUUUAAGUUUGUAGAGUUUUAAGCAAAAAACAAACAAAAAAUAGUAAUUUAAGAGAAAAUUGAAAACAAGUAUUUAAAUUGAACAAAAAAAUAACGAUUCAUAAUUUAUUAUUUAAAUUAAUUUUAAUUAAAAAAGAAAAAUAAGAACGACAAGAAAAAAUCAAAAAAUCAAACAAAUUCAUUUUAGAUUAGAAAAAAGCUAAACUGUGUAAAAAGAAAAACUAUUUAUUUCACUUUGUAAAACUCGUGUAUUAAAUUAUGAGUAUUUCAUUUUAAUUUUAAUUUAUUAAAUUUAAAUAAUAUGUCUAACUAAACAAAAAAAUCUAAAGAAGCUAUUAUUAGAAACUUGUGUGUUAUAUUAUUUGUAUGAAAAUUGUUGUAACAAAUAAAUAAAAUUAUGAAAUUAUGUGUAUUGUCAACAAUGUAAGAGUCGUUGUGUUUAAAAAAGUAAAGAAAAUAAUUAUAAAACUAUGAAAAUAAUGUUUUUGAAAAAAAAAUCAAGAAUCAAAGAAAAAGUAAUAAAAGAAAAAAUCUACAAUAUAUUUCAA